ACUCAUGGCUGCGUUUGCGCGAGCGCGGCCGAAUCCGCACAUGCUAAACAGAUUCAUGGGAGUGUACCUUGCUUGAUCCCGUUCGCGUUCUCUGCGUUACGCGUUGCAUGUUCCGUCCCCUGAUCGCGCGUUCCACCCGGUAAUUUGUAUCGACCACCGCUUAACCCAUUUCCGGGCGUUGCUGGGCGUCUUCCACGACCGAAACGAAACCGAGGAUGACAGCUGAUGAGGAAGAAGACAUCCCAGGAACCGGAGCGGUAUGUACGUUUGGCAAGUCGAGAUUUGCCGGCAAUCUGCCCGGGAUGUUCUGGGUGAAAAAUGAUCCUGUCAUCCAUGUGGCAUGUGGAGAUGAGCACUCCGUCUUUAUCACUGCCGAAGGACGUGCUUUCAGUUUUGGAAGCAACGGGUACGGCCAGUUGGGCCUUGGCCACAAGAACCCGGUGACACGUCCCAAGUGUAUUAAAGGCCUGAAGGACCAUCGUGUCGUCUUGGUGGCGUGCGGAAGGGCUCACACUCUGGUCGCGACAGAUGACCUCAAGGUUUAUGGCUUCGGCAUGAACACGGAGCAUCAGCUUGGCCUGGACUCUCAGGAGUUCCAGCACACCGAGCCUGCCCUUAUCCGUUCCCUCACUGGCCUGCAAAUCAAGCAGCUGGCUGCUGGAGCCGAGCAUUCUGUUGCUCUCACGGACAAGGGAGUCGCCUUCGUCUGGGGCUGUGGCAAGGAGGGUCAGCUGGGCCUCGGAACAAGGCCGAGCGUCCCCGAGCCGCUGGAGCUCAAGGUCGACAUCAGGAUCAUGAGUGUUUCGGCCGGGUACUACCACACCGCAAUAGUCUCUGUGGACGGCAUCCUGUACACGUUUGGAGAGAGGGAUGGAGGAAAGUUAGGCCUGCCCAAAACCCUGUGCUGCAAGCGCUACAACAAGCCCACCGAAGUCUCCACCAUCCCGGGGAAAAUUGUGUCCGUCUCGUGUGGGGGAACGCACACUAUGGCCCUGACUGCCGAAGGCAAGGUGUACGCCUUUGGUGAUGGCCGCAACGGGCAGCUCGGCCUGGGUAACAAGACGACGCAGAGCAGCAAGCCACAGCCCAUCCCGUUUCCCGAAGGGAUCAAGAUUGCCAGGGUGGUCUGCGGGGAGAGCCACACUGCCUUCCUCUCCGAGAAGAGGCAGCUCCUGACUUGCGGCGAUUCCCGCCACGGCAAAUUGGCCCAUCCCACGGAGGACUCCCCUACGAACAAGUUCAAGCCCACCUUGGUUGAGGACCUCCUCCCUUACCAAGUCCAGCAGGUUGCGUGUGGAGGCUGCCACACACUGGUGCUGGUCGUCCCGGGCGCUGGUCACGAUGCUGGCGUGCCACACGGCACGGGUGCAGCUGGCGACGGAGCACCCGCCCGUCUCAAGCCUCGUCAACGAAAGCAAACCACGAUGAUAGAAAACGAUGACCACGACGACGUCGAUGGCUGUGAAGAAGACGCACGAGUGACUGCGAGGGUGCUCGGAGAAACCGGCAGGCAGCCUAAGAGAAGGCCUCUGCUCCUGGAGGUCGAGGCCGACACCACCAUCCGCCACGUCGACAGCGACGUCAGCGACGACGACACUUCCGAGAUGUCUGUGCUGAACAAGACCCAGAUCAUAAACCACAUUGGAUCGAAGGAAAUACUGUCGGCGUUGGAACACGAAGAGAGGCCCCUGGCUUUAAAAGGGGAGGCCCCCAAGCCGGCUCAUAAGGCGCUUCAAAAUGGCGACAAGGGAAAGCUCAAUGGACCUAAAGAAGAGCCUGCUGUACUGAAGGCCUCCGUUUCGGAGACACCGAAGAAAAUAGUAACCGCCGCCGUGGCCACCGUCACGACGUCCGACCACAAGACAGACAGCGAGGCGGACGAGAGGCACGAAAAGGUCAGGUGGCUGCCGGCAUACAAGGACUCGCCCAAGCACCGCAAGGAGCUCGAGAAGGCCGCCAAGAAGGAAAAGGAGAAAGGCACCCCCACCAAGCGAUUUGGAAAGAAGAAAAAAGAUGGUGAACAAGAGAAAGACGGUGCAAAAGGUGACGCAAAAGAAGACGAAACAGAUGAUGCCAAGAAAGACUCCAAGUCGUCGACCUGCGUAAUCAUGUGACCAUGUUCGAUGGAAACGCCUCCAAGACCUAGGCACUUCUGCGGUUUGUUUUUUUCGUCGGCUUCCCAAGAGUUUUUGCUGCAAAUUGCUUUUCGGCCUUGUCAGCCCGACGCCUGUUCCUGGAAACCCGGCUUUUGUUCUUGGCAGCUACGGGCCAUGGCACGGAACGUCGAUUUCAUCACCUAGUGCUUGAUGUUCCGUCACAUCGUUUCGAGUGUCUCUGCGCGCGUUUGCGCUUCGUUAUUGGCAGCUUCGACACAGUCCCGUCCCCUCACUUCAGUUUAGGCAGUUCUGUUGAGAGAUUUGUUGACUGUUUGUUAAAUGUCUAUUUUAUCUGCCUCUAAAGUAUAUAUAUAUAUACAUAUAUGUAUAAGGUCCAAGUUUACCUCAAAAUGCUUUUUUUGUUGUUUUUAGUCUGUUUCAUUAUUAUUAUUGCAGCUAGAUAUGAAUGUGUUAACGAGCCUUAGCACCCUAGCAUUUAUUUAUGAUACUCAAAAAUCGUACUUCUACCUUUCAUGUUUUUUGCUUUUUUUUAUAUGAUACCGGUUAUUUUUGCAGGUAUUGGUAUACUGGCUAAUGCACACUUUUUCUCCCUCCCCCCCCCCCCUCCCAAAAAGGUUUUAGUUGUACAUAAGUAAUGUGUUGCUAUUGUUGGCACAGAUAACCUCUAUACCAAUAUUUUUUUUUUAAUAGCUUGUUCUUGUUUUUAGUUGCUUGUAACCCUGUUCCUAAAUCUAGCUGGAACAUCCAAAACUUCCGUUUGACGUCGUCGAAUCUCUGGCGAAUGUUCUUCACUGACCAAGUUUUCAAAAAAUGUUUUGCUAGGCAUAUGGAGACGAACACGACAGUACAACCGACCCCAGGCGUGCGACAGACAACUCUUAGAGUAGAUUGUUUCUUUGUUGAAGCAGCAAAAGGCCAAGUUUCGCAGGAUUUUUCGAGAUUGCCUUUGACGAGUCAGUAAUUUUGGUUAUUUCCAUUGCUGCCUGCAUCCCGGUUCGUAAACCCCGGUCUUAACCGACGUGCACCCUGCGCAGUCUGCUAUGAAUGUGCUUGGUUGUGUCAUCACAAGGGCCCUGACGGAAUGCUUUGAACUGCGACUGUAGCUACACCAUAUAUCUUAAUUCAACAAGCGAGGGGUAAUUCGCGACAAUUCGCAAAGAGCCAGACUUUUUUUUUUUACUACGGUUCUUGAGAUGAAUGUGAGCAUAGUUUGCAAGUAGCUACCUUUGUUAUUUUUUUUUUAACAAACAUUGGUUACGACGUUCUGAUGAAUAAUCUUACCUUCGUGCAAAGCGUGAUUGCACGUUGGACUACUUUGCGAGCCGAGCCUUUGUUUGCAAAGCGAGCCAAUGCAGUUGUGAAACGCACUCGAUUUCGCUUGUGUAACUUCUAGGAGAAAGGAAGCGCGGGUGACGUAAACGACAGGCCCAGUUUGUACGUCGUUUCUUCCUCUUUGACAAGUGAGCAUUGCCUAGUCUCUGCAUUUGCAAGCCAGCCGUACACUCCGACGCCAAGUCUUCUUCAUGCUGACCUACAUACAUGCUUUGACAAUUGACAGUCUUUAGGUUCGACGGGUUGCAGCGGUGAAAACUGCCAGCAAGACAUUAGUAGCAGCCAAGUUCGACGUUGCACUUUGUAGGACGAGUUUUCCGAGCUACCGUAGAUUGCUAAUGCGCAAGCUUCUCUUGUGGACUGCUUUCACCUAUAUUUGUACCAUCAGUACUAUUUUUGUACACGGACAUAAUUUGAAGACCUCAUCUCAUGUCAACUGGUGAAGGACCAAACAGCCGAAGACUUCCGCUGCCCCAGAUUUUCUCUAUUUGCUGCCUGCAGGAGCCCAAAUGCGGUAGUGGUUUCUUUAGAUCUGAACAAAUCUCAUACUUAAGGGGCAGCUGCAACUAAUUAUUACUUUGCUUGUUAUGUUUUUAUUGGGAAAAGCAUGCCAAGAAGGCUGUGUGUGAUUUUUGAUGCAGCAACUGUAAGCUUGUUGGCUGAAACAGAAGCUAAAAAAAGAUCAAAUUGCCAAAUGAUGCCCUGGCAAGACAAAAAUAAUGUGAAGAAGUUUAUAAGAAUUAAGUGGCAGAUAUGACAAGAUAAGCAAUACCUUCCUUGUCCUAUUAAAUGGACAGCCACAAGACCGCCACUUAAAGCUUCAAAUGAUGUCGCUGAGACUUUGACACAUGCCUAAAAUCAAACUUGACAUUUUUUGUUUGUUUCUUAUUUUGGUAUUUUACAAUUAUUGACAUAAGGGCUCAAGAAGCAUCCGGAUACAUUUUCUGUUGCAGCUGACUAUCAAAGUUGAGCCCUAAUUUUAUUUUCAGGUCUUUGUUUCACUCAGAGUGAGCCGCUCCAAUUUGAAAGCCCAGCCAAUAUUAUUGUUUGGCACACUUGCUUCGACAGCAGCUGCUGGAUGUUUAGGGCAUGCAUUGAUGCAAAGCUUUAGCACUGCCUCUCUGCUGCAUGUUCACAGUUUCUAAUAGUCAGCUAAAACAUCUAGUUCUAUGUCUGCGUAGAAUUGCGCAUCAUCGGUUUCACUCUGGGUGCAUAGAACCAUUGUGUAGCCGACUUCAACACAAAAAAAAAAUGUCGUUCAAUUGCAGUGUGUGUGUGUGUGUCUGCACAUUCUGUGACAUGGAGUAUUUUACAAGUGUUCUUUCACAAAGUGACGUGCUUCAUUGUUUCCAAGACAACACUGUUGGUGUUCACAUUGUUUUUCUUUUUGGUUGUUGUUGAAGGUUUCAACUUUUUCGUAACAGUGGCCUUUGGUGCUGCGAUUUUGCCACCUAGUACAUAUUUAAAAGCAAUGCAAAGAAAAAAAAAAAAAGCUAAAAGCCACAAAGACAGGUUUUUUUAUUGCCACUAGAGCUAUCGCCGGAUCUGUAUGGUAAACAUGCGCCUGCUGCCUUAGAAUGCCGUGCCUAUCAUUGGUGCCUCUUCUCUAAAGCGUCAGUGGAAGUGUGUCGACCGCACUCACUUGUAAAGAAGCAAGCGUGGCUCAAACUUUUUGCCGUAUGUUUGUGCGGUGCGCUUUUUUCGGCGUCUUCAAGUUCUAGGACCUUUUGCACUCUCGGUGUCGAGCUUGCGAGAUCUGAAUGUUCAACGACCGGCCUUUCCGUGCGGAAGAGCCAAAGUGGUGUGUCUGUUGUAUGCACAAAUUUGGUUGGAAAUUUUAAAAUGCUAUACUGGCUGCCUAUGGUAUACACCAUUUAAUGUUGCGAGUUAUGUAUGGAAUAAAUAUUUUACAAAGGUA